UUUCAUCUCAUCUUUUUUGCCAAUGAACGACCUGCGAGCAGAAGCGCCGCUGCGGGUUGCGAUUAUCGGCACUGGCUCGUAUGCGACUGCGCUGGGCCAACGCCUGCUGAGCGCCGGUGUGACGGUCGUCUUUGGCAGCCGUCGGUCGGGCGAUGGUGACACUGACAGCAGCCUCCAAUCAUCCGCCACGGCCACGGCGCAAGAGCAGCCCAGCAACGGCGGCUCAUCACCACCACCACCACCACCACUACAACCACAGUCUCAACAGUCUCAACAGUCUCAACAGCCACAACCGCAGAUGCUGCACGGGGCGCCGCUGCUCGGACCAUGCGCUGCAGCCGCGCGGUCGAACGUGGUCAUUCUCGCGGUUCCAUUAGCAGCGCACUGUGCGAUGGCCGAGUGCCUCCGCCGCACCGUCUCCAACCGCGGCGUCGUCCUCAUCGACGUCAGCAACGCGCCACUCUCGUCGUCGUCGUCGCGUAAGAGCAACGGCGGGAAGAGCAAGUCCCAGCGCGCGUCCGCCGCGGUUUCUCCGAUCGCCUCACGCGUGACAUCGCCGACACCGCGCUCGAGCGCCUCUCUGUCUGCUGCUGCUGCUGCUGCUCGGUCUGCUGCACGACUCAGCGGCGGCUUUGGCUCCGAGUGCACGGGCGACAUGGCGACGUGCGGUGCGUGUGGCGGCUGCGGCGACAGUCCUGCUGCUCCUGCCAAACCCGUUCCCACCUCCAAGAAUAGCAAAACUCCAUUGGAUGAUGACGAGCGCCGGCCGCUGCUCAUGCCCACCACUGCAGGCGCAUUCACAGCGUCAUACAAUGCUGCUCAUCAUCAUCACCACCAUCAGCAGAAUGGCGGUGGAGCAAACUUGGCCACGAAUGGUCUGCUCGUCAAUCCAUGUGGUGGCGACUGCAACGUGUGUGCCACCAGUGACGAUGCAAACUGCAGCCACCUGCAUGCAGGCCAGGAUCAAGACCAGCAAGGAUUUAAUAGCAAGCUCACGCCGCAGCUCGAGUACGAGCGCGAAUCUACCGCUGCUGCGACCGAAAGCGACGUGUACCGAGCGCAAGUGGCAAGGGCCAGCUUUGCAUCGUCGUACGUCGUCGAUAUUGAAGACCUCCGCCCUCCCAAGCCAAAGCCAGCUCCAGCUGCAUCUGCUACUGGAAAUGCCAAAGCAACAACCGCUCCUGCUUCAGCCGCAUCGGCAGUGUUCAGCCCCGUCAGCCUGAACGAGAGCGAACCAGCACAUGUCGCACUCGAUUUCUCAGCGAGCAAGAACACCAUCGGACACGGCAACAAGGCUGGCUACAACCGACUCUCCAAGAGCACAAACAGCCUGCUGGCUGACGAGGAAGUCGAGGUUGCCCCGGCGUCCGACAACAACAUUAUUGAUGGCGUCGAGGAAGAGGACGAGAACGUGCUUUCGUACGCCGAGCGACUCCAGCGCAUGAUGCCAGGCGUCGACGUCGUCAAGGCAUUCAACACUGUCUCGGCGUUCGCGCUCACAAAGAGCGCUGGCGAGCGUGUGGACGAUCGCGUCCUCAUGUGCGGCAACAACUCGUGGGCCAAGGACGUCGUGUCCCGCCUCGUGCUGGCAAUCGGCAUGCGCCCCGUCGAUGCAGGCCCGCUGAUUGCUGCGCGUGAGAUUGAGCGUCGACCCUUGCAGCUCUUCAACGAAUGGCACUCGGCCCUGUGGACAAGUCUCAUCCUGUUUGUGUUUUCCUACAUUUACGUGGCUGUUCGCGACGUGUACCUUGCCACCCCCGCUGGCGGAUCCCCAGCUUGGAAGGACUUGCUCUUCCUCAAGUUCAACGUUGUCAUUGCGUGGCAUGCCCUCGCGCUUCUCACGCUCACGUUUUGCGCCGGCGUUGUGGCUGCACUGCGCCAGCUCAUUACCAACACGGCCAAGAAGGCGUUUCCCGACUGGCUCGAUGCCUGGCUGCGCGCACGCAAGGCGCUGGGUGUUCUCGGCUUUGGCUCGGCUGCGCUGCACGCUGUCGCUGCCAUGAUGACCACGUCGCUGUUCAUCGACUGGGCGUACGUCGAGUCGCGCCAGGGCGCCGAGUACCAGGGCGCAAUGCUUGCCGGUCUGUUUGCAUUCGCCUUGCUGGUCUGCGUGGCCGUCACGUCGCAGCCCGCUGUCGGCGCCAGCCUCACCUGGCGCGAGUGGGACUUUGUGCAAUCCAAGCUGGGCCCUGUGGCGCUGGCGCUCGGCACAACCCAUGCCUUGCUCAUGAGCUUUGCGCUCGGAGACUUGCCUGCGGUUGACGGCUGGAACGGCUCGUACUGGCUGCCUCCUGUCUCGGUCAUUGCGUUUGCACCUGCUGCGUUGGUGCUUGUGCUCAAACUCGCCACCAGUCUGCCCCCGCUUGCUGGCCGUCUUGCCCGCAUCCGAGGACUGGCUGCCCCACCCAAAAAGAAGGCGUCGCGCGACUCUCGUUCUUCCAACCGACAGAGUCAGCAGAAUCUGAACAUCAAUGGCUGAAAACGUCUUUGCGUUUUUUGUGUGUUCAACAGCGACAUGGGGUGGGUGCAGACCUCGCUUGGAACAUUUUUUGAUUGGUACAAGUGAGGAAACGGAAACAAGCGAGGGAAGGGUCCUCCUCCCCCCCCCCUUGUGACCAAAUUUCUUGUGUUGAUUCCUUGUCAUGACGAACGCUAUGGAUGAUAGCUGUCGCUUGAUUUCCACUUAUGCCUGAUUUUUUGAUUAUUUUCUUCUUUUCUGUCAACUUUUUCUUUUUUCUUUUUUCUGGUCGGCCGUCGCUUUUUUUUUUUUUGUUUUUGUUAUUGUCUUCUCCCCGCGGCUGGCCGUUUUGAUUUUGCCUCUUAAGUUCUUUGCUCUUCUCUGUUUUCCCUCCUUUUUUCCCCUCUCUCCUCUCGCAACACUCUUCUUGAUGGAGAGUGAGUUGUUGCGUUGUUAACCGCUUCUUUUCUUCCCGUUUGUUAUUUUCGGUGCGCGGGCGCUCUUGCCUCCGCUGUGCUUUAGUUCAUCUUCUCUUAUGUUUUGCAGCUUGAUGAUGUUUUUUUUUUUUCGAUGCAGCUUUGUUGUGCUUUGUUGCAUGGGUUUGCGUUUGCUUUUGGCUGGGAGGUGUCUGUGCUUGCCGAGUUUCCUUGUUCUGUUCGUGUCCAUGAAAGUGCAGCAUCAUGCCAUGCCAAGUUUCGGCUUGCU